UUUAGUGAUGGUACCUGCUAAUGCCUUCAGCUUAAGACAGUGACCUUACAGAUGUACCAGUGGAACUGCUUCAAGCAUUUUCCUCUCAGUGUGUCUUCUCUACAAGAAAUGAUGAUGGUUUGGACCCAACAACGAAAUAGUAGGUGCUGGAGGGAGAGGCCCCACUGGAACUGGAGGUGAUGAGGGCAGCCGAAGGGCUCUGAGUGUACCACCAUGGCUCCCCAGCUGUUGGCCUGUCUCUCCCGCCUGCCCAUCGCAGUGGUCUAUGGAUCCCUGUCGCUCUUUAUUUCCAUUUUGCACAACGUGUUUCUCCUCUACUACGUGGACACCUUUGUUUCUGUUUACAAGAUUGAUAAACUUUCCUUUUGGAUUGGAGAGACCGUGUUUCUGAUCUGGAAUAGUCUCAACGAUCCUCUCUUUGGUUGGCUGAGUGACCGGGAUUUCCUUAGCACACAACAGUCUGGAAUAGAGAUCUCCGCUCCAGAAGUGGUAUUGAAGAGACUCAAGGCCCUAAACCGCAAUGGCCCCCUUUUUGCUUUGUCAUUCCUGGCUUUCUGGAUUGCGUGGGCCCACCCAGGUCUACAGUUCCUCAUCUGCCUCUGCUUGUAUGAUAGUUUCCUCACCAUGGUGGAUCUCAACCAGAAUGCCUUGCUUGCUGACCUUGCUGUGUCUGCAAAGGAUAGGACUGGACUCAACUUCUACUCUUCGCUCUUCAGUGCCAUUGGCUCCCUCUCGGUCUUCAUGUCCUACGCUGUGUGGAACAAGGAGGACUUCUUCUCUUUCCGGAUAUUUUGUGUGGUGCUGACUCUCGGCUCAGCGGUUGGAUUCAUUGUGGCCACAUGGCUGCUGAGACAGAGGUUUCAGACUGAAGGGCAAGUGAAAUGGGAUGAAAGAGCAGUUUUAAAAGAACUGUACAUAGACACACCUUCUGUGCAGCAGGAGAAAAGGAUCACUCUGGCAGAGUAUCUCAGACAGCUCUCUAGGCAUCGCAACUUCCUCUGGUUUGUGUCUAUGAACCUUAUACAGGUGUUUCACUGCCACUUUAAUAGCAACUUCUUCCCUCUCUUUUUGGAGCAUCUGCUGUCGGAUCGCAUUUCUCUAUCCAUGGGAUCAUUUCUGCUGGGUGUCUCCUACGUAGCCCCUCAUCUCAACAAUCUCUAUUUCUUGUCUCUCUGCCGGAGGUGGGGUGUGUAUGCUGUGGUGCGGGGGCUGUUCUUCGUGAAACUGUUACUCAGUGUGAUUAUGCUCCUUGCUGGACCAGACUGGAUCUACCUCCUCUGUUUCUUCAUAGCUAGUAACCGUGUGUUCACUGAAGGGACAUGCAAGCUGUUAAAUCUCGUGGUCACCGACUUGGUAGAUGAAGACUUGGUGCUGAAUCAUAGGCAGCAGGCUGCCUCAGCCCUCUUGUUUGGCAUGGUUGCCUUGGUAACCAAGCCUGGCCAGACCUUUGCCCCCUUGAUUGGCACCUGGCUUCUGUGCUCUUACACAGGUUAUGACAUUUUCCAGCAGGAUCCUGUGAACAAAGUGGUGAGCGCUCAGCCCAAGCUGGCUUCAAAAGUGGCCUGGGAACCAACCCUUCGUCAGGGCUGCUUCUACCUUCUUGUGUUUGUCCCCAUCACGUGUGCAUUACUUCAGAUCUUCAGCUGGUCACAGUUCAACCUGCAUGGAAAGCGCCUCCAGACGGUGAAGUCUCAGCGUCAAAAAACAGAGAACUGGUCUCAAGAGAUCAAAACAAUUUAA